AUGUACUCCGCAAGGGGGUUCAUACGAUGGACAUGUUGGCAUGUUACACAAGAUGGUGAAGAACAACAAAUACCAAGGCAAGGCAUUAGCGGAGAGCAACAAGUAUUAACUAGAGGACAUGAUGUUUGUGAACAAGAACAUAACAACGCCGAACAGCAAGAAGGUGAAAUACAAGGACUACACGAGUUAACAAGAGGGCAGGGCCCACAAUCACAGUCAGGUAUUACAGGACAAGGAGGGCAGGUGCAAGGUCCUGGAAAACAAAUACCACAAGUAGGUUUACAGCAUGGAGCACACAAACCACAACAGCAUGGAAAAGAACUUGGACACUUUGCUGGGAUACAUAUACCACAUUUUGAUGACUGGAGACAACAAGCAGGCUUGGGCUGUAGAAUACAGUCAGGUUUUCUCGAUAAGGGACAUCUUGGCGUUGCACAGCAAGGGCAAGGUUUUGGAGCGAAUGGACAAAGAGGCCCAGCUUCAACACUAGGAACGUCAGGACAAUAA